AUGUCUCAUACAUCAAAUAUAAAUCCGGAAAUUUUGAAAAUUAAUCCAACAGCCAAAACUGAUGUAGAUUUGGGUUCAAAAAACAUACUUGGAUUAAAAACGUCUCAAGAUCAAAGUAUCAAUCUUAAAUAUGAAGAUGUUAAACAGCACCAAACCUAUAAAAGCCCCUUAUCUUUAGCAAAAACGCCAUUAAUAGCAAAAAAGGAGCAUCCGUUGUUAAAAACUGUCAAGUCAUUUUCAUCAAUUUCUAAGCCUUCAACAAGCAAAUUGAAAAAAGAUCGUCUUAUAAAUCGUACGUUAUCUAAAAAUCCUAUAAAAUCUAAAAUUAUAUCGGGAUUUCAUCCAAAUGACAUGGUUGCUCUAAGACAAGGUCCUAAACGUGAUUUUCGGACGAUUGAGGAAAUUCAAAAUGAUCUCUGGAGAAAGAAAGGCAAAAACUAUCCAUUUCUUCAUAAAAAUGCAUCAAAAACAAAUAAUACAUCAUCGAAUAUUCCAUCAAAUAAUAUUUUAUUAAAAAAUCAAGAGUCAAAAAACCUUUCGCUUAGAAAUUGUCCUUUUAAUACUGAAUCGAAACAAAAUAUAUCUUGUAAAAGAGCUAAAACAAAUUUAUUGGAUAAAAGUGAAACAUUAGACUAUGAUGUAUCGUCAGAAAUAUGGAAAAUAUUCGGUCGCAAGAAAGAAGAUUAUAUUUUAAAAGAUUAUGAUUCUGAUUCUGAUAUGGAAGUAACAGGAGCUGAGCUACAAAAAGAAGAAGAAUUUUCUGCAAGGAUAGGAAAAAUUGAAGAUAGAAAUGAAAAAUAUAAAGAAAUUAUGCGAAAAAUGAAUAAAAGAAAAAGAUAA